AUGCCUUUCAACAUGGCUUCAUCUUCACGUCCAGAGAUGCAUUCCGAGCGGCACCUCGAUCAUGAUGCCUCACAGGCAGGAACGCCUCUGCUUACAGCUGAAGAGGAGAUGCAGUACCAGCGUGCCCUUUGGGUGAAUCGCUUCCUGAAGGAGCAGCUAGCCGCACAAACACAGGGACUCUCUUUGAAGGAGAUUGAGGAAGCGCAGACUCAAAUCCAAACCAGGAUGCGGCAGGCCACAAGGCUACAGGCUUGGACGAGCUCUCAGGGUCCCGAUCCAGGUAGUGCCAGGACCAUCUAUGCCAAAUCACCGAGGAGAAGCCAGACACAGCAGGCGCGGCCACAGGUCGUCUCGUCCUGCGAAGUGAAUCGAAGGAGGGCGCAGCACCGUAUCAAGGAGGAGAAUUUGGGUAUCUUGCAGCGCAUCGAGAAUGUGAAAAGCAGCUUCACACCCCGAAUGCCAUCAAACCUGAUUCGAAAGAUCUCGCCACGAAACAGGCUGUUGACCCAUGGCCAUUAA